CGUUUAAUUUUCACAGUAUUGAUGAUGAUUCGUGUUAUAAAACAUCUUCGUCGUUGAUAUAUCGUUCUAUCUUCUCGUUAUCUCCUACGUUUUUAUAUCAAGAUUAAUAACGAGAUGAUAUUUUACUAUUACAAACUUAUGGGAAUGUCUUUGGUGUUUUCUAUUUAUUUGGCUAAGGGUUCUAAAGAAAUUAGUGAGAAUAAUAGUGCAGUCUUAGACUAUGAUGCAAAACCUCAGGAUUCAGAGAAUAAUCCUGUUAUUCAAAGUUCCUUAGGAUAUCUUAAGGGCAGCUGGCUUUGUUCACCUAGUGGAAAAUAUUAUGCGGCUUUUAAGGGGAUACCUUAUGCGAAACCACCCCUUAAAGAAUUGCGCUUUGAGCAUCCACAACCCGCUGAGCCUUGGAGUGGUGUAAGAGAAGCUCUUACACAUGGGAGUCAAUGUCCUCAACGUUUAUGGAUACUGGAUAUCACCCUGGGACAAGAAGACUGUCUUUAUUUGAAUGUUUAUACACCAGGGCUGACCGACCAUAAGGAAAAUGCUACCAACGCGACAAGGAAAUUAUUACCAAUAAUCUUCUUUAUACAUGGUGGCACUUGGACAAUAGGAUCUGGAGAUAUGGAUGAUUACCUAUAUGGUCCCGAUUUCUUCAUGGAGGAGGAUGUUAUACUGGUUACAAUUAAUUAUCGUCUUGGUGCUCUAGGGUUCCUCUCCCUGGGUAACGUUAUACCUGGGAACAUGGGGUUGAAGGAUCAGGCGAUGGCUCUUCAAUGGGUUUGGGAUAAUGCCGAUGUCUUGGGUGGAGAUAAAAAUAGAAUUAUAGCUAUGGGUCAAAGUGCUGGUGGUGCUUCUGCCCAAUAUCAUUCUCUUCAACUUCACUCUAGGUCUUUAAUCUCAGGUGUUAUCGCCCAGAGCGGUUCAAUUCUAACACCCUGGGCCUUUACGAAACCCGGGAUACAGGCUGAGAGGACCAGAAAUCUUGCAAGGGCCGUUGGAUGUCUGAAUGGAGGUUCCCAAGCGAUUAUUAAUUGCCUUAAAAAUGUUGAUCCUUUUGACAUAGUGAAAUAUCAAUUUUCUACAGAUCAUGACAUCAAACAACUUCCUAUUGGUGUGACUUUUACUCCGACAAUAGAACCAGCUGGUACAGUUAAUUCUUUUAUUAAAAUGGGUCCCAAGACACUUUUGACUAAAUACGUAUCAAGUAAAAUACCUUUUCUCACUGGAUAUACAACCGCCGAGGGACUUUUAUUUUUAGAAAUUAUUGUGGCCAUGAUAAAUCCUCUAGCUCGAGAAGCUGUACUUAAACGAUUGGGAAAAGAAAAAGAAGUUUUUCAACACGAUCAACAACUUGGGAGUAAAAGAAUCAAUAUAUCUGUGGAUGAAAAUAAUACUCGAAUAGAGAGUGCAAAAACUUUGGAAAACAGGAUCUUGAAGCACCGUCUAAUAGAAAUAGCCCAUCGUAUUCUUGGUGACUACGAAUUCAAAAUGCCAAUAUUAUUAGGAUCUAAGUUCCAUGCUAUGUCUGGGGCUAGCGUUUACCUUUAUCAAUUUGCUUUUACUGGAAAAAAUAACUUCUUACGACUUUUCCGCGAUGACACUAAAGAUGCUACACAUAUGGACGAACUUACAUACCAGUUUCAAGGAAGAGGUAUUUUUGGUAGUUUACCACAAUUGAACAAUCAUACAUCUACCGAAUACUAUCUAUCCAAGGCAAUUAUAUGGAUGUGGUGCAAUUUUGCUAGAACAGGUAACCCAACACCAAGAGGAAGUCCUAUUCAGUGGCCAGCAAAUUCAAGGAAGAUACUUAUAUUUGAUAAUCCAGACUCGUUAAUUGUUGAAGAUGCACCAGUCAUGAACAACUGGUUCUCAUUAAUAGACACCUAGUGUCACUUUAGACAGUAAAUCGUCAAUCUUAAGGAUCAUGUACAAAAAUAUUUAUUAUGGAUAAUGACACGAGAUAGGGAGAUAGUACAAAAUAGGAAAAAUGAAUAAACGUUAGAUACUGAGAAA